AUGUCGGGCAACCAAUCAUCCGCCCCCUCCGACACCGCAUUCCGCAAAACCUGGGAUCGCGAAGAAUACGCCAAAAAAGCCGCCGACGACGAAGCCAAACGCAAAGAAGAGUCGAAAGCCCGGUACGAGGCCAAACUUCUCGGCAAGAAAUGGCACGCCCCGGUAGACUACAGCUCCUUGGAAGCGACGACGUCGCGAAAACAACGACUCGAUGUCGCGUCGAUGGUCGGAAAGACGACGAUGGUUUCGUCGGGGUCGGCGAUUGGCAAGAGAGGUCGCGGGGCGGGAUUCUACUGUGCGGACUGCGAUCUCACGUUCAAGGAUAAUUUGCAGUUGGUGGAGCAUUUGAAUAGCAAGCAGCACUUGAUUGCGACGGGGCAGAGUGGUGAGGUUACGAGGGCUACGGUGGGAGAUGUACGAGAGCGGUUGCGGAUGCUGGCGUACCAGAAACGAGUGAGGGAGGAAGAAGAGCGACGGGCAUGGCAGUUGGAUUUGGGCGUCAGGUUGAAGGAGCGAGAGGAACAAGAUGCGAAGGAGAGGGAGGAGAAGAGGAGAAAGAGAAACGAGAAGCGACGGAAGGGUGGCGAGAAUGGUGUCAAGCAGGAAGAUGAUGGUUGGGAAGGCCGUCUGGGAAUCAUUGCAUAA